AUGAAACGGUUCGUGAUUAAAUCAGUGGAUUUAUGUACGGAUACCUCGGUGAAAAAAGUGCGUAAUACUCUGUCAUUGAAACAUGAAAACGUGGAUGAUCCUACUACAGUACAGCAUGCAAAUGAAAAUACUAAUACUGAAUCCGCUGAUGAACAAUUAUUGUGCAAAAUGUCAUACUUGUUUGACGGUGAAUUAUAUAAAAUUGUUACACUCGAUGGCAUUAAAGUUUCAGCUAAACGUACUACAUGCUCAAAAGUAAUUAAUGGCCAUACAUCUACUGGAAAUUUCCUCAGUCACAUAAAGCUUAAACAUAGUUUUAUGAUGUCUAAAGUACAAACCAAAAAAGAUGCUAAAAAGAAAAGAGCGAAUGAUGAACUCAGUACAAACAAUCUAAAACAAUCAAAGUUAUCGUUUAAUCAAUCUGAAAUUACAAAAAAAAAUGUAAGAUAUAGUAGUUCGGUUAAGGAUUUGAUAUUCAAUUAUAUUGUUGAAGAAAUGAAGCCGCUUGUAACUUGUGAGAAACCAUCUUUUAAACGUUUGAUUCAAGGCUUAACUUCUCAACAUAUUGUACUUCCACAUAGGAGAGUUAUCGCUAAUGAACUAAAAGUUAAAUAUGAGUAUUAUGUAAAGAUGUUGACCGAAUUAAUUGAAAAUCAACAUUUUAUUUGUUUAACUGCUGAUAUCUGGAGCUCAAAUAACAAAAGUUAUUUAGGAAUGACGUGUCAUUAUAUAAAUGAAACCAAUUACAACCGACAUUUGUAUGUAUUAGCUUGUAAAAGGAUAAAAGGCUCCCAUACACACUUAAAUAUUUCAAAAGUAAUAACUAAAAUACUGCAAGACUAUAAAAUCAAUUGUGAAAAGGUUUCACAUAUUGUAACAGACAACGCUACAAAUUUUGGUAUUAUUAGUAGUGACUCCGAUAGUGAUAACGAAAUUAUAAAUAAUUCAGACUCAGAAAACGAUUCCGACAUUCCCAGUUUAGAGAUAAUUGAUUUUUCUUCAUUGGAUUUUGACCCUAAUUCUAUUUCUUUGCCAAGACAUAUUACAUGUGCCGCUCACUCUUUAAAUUUAAUAGCUACAACUGACAUAUCUAAAAUAGAACAAGAUGCUUACAAUAAAAUAUCAAAAACAUCACAGACUUGUGUAACUAAAUUUCCUGUGCCAGUUGUUACCCGAUGGAAUUCUAUGUACAAUGCAGUUCAAAAGGUUGUUUCUCAUAAAGAUAGUUUGGUUUUAGUUUUUGAAGAGUUAAAAUUAAGUAAAAUAAAAAAAAAUGAAUGGAUAUUCUUAGAUGAGUACUCCAAAGUAAUGGGCCCACUGGCAACAUCAUUAGAUAAGCUUCAGGGUGAAAAGUCAUGUUUUCUAGGCUAUGUGGCUCCUUCUAUAUUGGCAUUAAGACUUCUUAUGAUACAAAUGAAUGACUUAAUACAUUGUAGGACUUUAUGUUUGAAAAUAAUAAGUAGCAUUGAAAGGAGAUUUGAUUACACAAUUGAUUUAAAAAAAAUGAAAAGUAAGCCAUAUAUUUUAUCUGCAAUUAGUCAUCCUAAAUUCAAACUGACAUGGGUACCUGAAAGAUAUAAACAUUACUGCAAACAAAUAUUUUUAGAAGAAUGCAUUUUAAUAAGUUCUUCUUCAAUCGAUAAUUUCAAUACAGAAGAACAUUUGGACGGUAAUAGUAGUGAUGAAGAUUUUUUUCAAAUUUUAUCUGAAGUCCCCAGUUCCUCAUAUUCUAAUUUAAACUUAGAUGUAGAUAACCAAACAAAUCAAAGUUUUGUAAAUAAUCAAGUUUCAUCAUAUUUAAAUACUAACAAUAAAGAUUUAACUGUUCUUGAUUCAUAUUCAAUAAUAAAACAAAUAUUUUUUAAAUAUAACACAACACUCCCAUCCUCUGCACCUGUCGAACGCUUAUUCAGUAGUGGGUCUCAAAUAAUGACACCCAGAAGAAAUCGUCUAAACGAUAAGACUUUUGAAAUGCUGCUUUGUUGUAGGUGUCUUCAACUUAACAAAUAA